AGUCCGUUCAGAACUAUUGGUUGCGUUGGUUCAGAGCUGCGUAGUUUUCAUAUUUUUUUUCGUUUAAAACUAGAACAUACGACUAUUGACCAUUAGUAAGCUUCAAAAUGAGCUUGCUUUUGAGGCGACGUUCGCGCAGCGAGACGCGUCCUCAGGAGAUUCCGGCGGAUAGGGCCAAGCAGCCGGAAUCGCAGAAACCAGACAGGCAGUUGCAGCAGCAGCAGGCGAGGCACCACCACCAGAUGCGCCACCAUCCACAUGCCAGCGAUCAGAAUCUGAACAAACUGGGACUGGCUUCCAGUGGCUCCAGUGGAAUGGGCAGGCGCAAGACAUCGGCGGAACUGAUUAGCGAGGCCAAGAUGUUCCUGGGCGAGUCGGUGGGCGCGGUUCCUUUGAUGGCCACCGGCGGUGCCCGUUUGGUCAGCACCCGACGACCAAUCACGCCACGCGAAUCCGGAAGGGUUUUGUAUGGCAAAGUUGCCCUGGCUGGCAGGCCACCAAGUGCUUUUUCCAUGCGGUAUCUGCAGAACGAGAAACCAUCCACGCCCCGCCAGUUGCCGGCUUUAUCUGGUUCUGGACCCGCCACGCCCAUGCCCACCAGAAAUGGAGCUCUACUCUGCCAGUCCAGCACAGAAACCCUGAUUGAAUUGCUUAAGCAGCACCGUGGUCUCAAGGAUUGCAGCGAUGAGACAGUCCAGCACAUAAAUGCGAUCCUCCAGGAGCUUUACACGCGUGUGAGAAAGCAGGAGCGCAGCUUUAAGCGUGGCUUUAUUCUAGGAGGUCUCUAUGGACUGGUGGAAUGCAGUUCUCCACGUGUUCUUUUGGCUGUGGCUCGUGUGGUUUUGGCUCUCAGGGUGACGGGGAGUAAUCUCACGGGUGCCUGCAAGCUGAUCUUCAAGGUGGCCAGGCACGAGCAACAUGAUGCCCUUUUCCACGAACACGAUGUGCUGGAAUUGCUCAUCGAUGGCCUGGGACACGCCUCGCCCCUGGACGAGCCGGAGGCUUGCAUUUAUGCCUAUGGUUGCAUCCGUUUCCUGACCGCCAGCAGUGCCCAGGAGCGCGAUGAUGCCCUCAACCGCAACUGGAUUGGUUUGGAGACCUCCGGCGAAAGUCAUUCGCUGCCCAUUCCUGCUUUAAUGCCUCCUGCUCUGUCGGCCAUAUCGGCUGGCCUCUGUCCCAGGAAAUUGACGGGCCAGCAAACGUUGGUAUCCCGCCUGGCUCGUCACGGUGCCGUGGAGCUGAUGAUUCUGCACCUGCAGAUGCUGAACGAGGCGGGGGCCACCAAACGGCUUCAGGGUCCGCCGCUUCACACUCUCUAUCAGUUGUCGGCUGCCAUGAGAGCUCUGGCGGAUGUUUCCCAGCAGCAACAGCGCUUGCAGCUCCAAUUGCAACUGGCCUGUCCACAUCUCAUCCGGGCAGCCGAAGUUUCCAUGGGCGAACUGGAGGUUCAGGCCAAUGUGGUGCGCACUCUGAGCGUUCUUUCCGAGGACUCCGAUUGCUGUGAAACGCUGCACAACUAUGCCGCCAGGAUUGGCCUGCUCCUGGGUCCAUCUUGUGCCGGUGGUGUUCAAUGCAGUGAGCGUCUCCUGGCGGUGCUGAGUCGUCUGGGCUACAUGCUGGGCAACAUACUGGCCAAACACGAAUCAGCGCGCAUACAGUACUUUCAAAACGAUGUGGCCAUGGAGUAUCUUUUGAAUGUCCUGGAGCAGCUUAACGAACGCUCACCCACCAGUGUGGCUCUUUUGGAUGCCCAAAUCAAGUUGAUACGAGUGGUGGCCAACAUGAGUGUGAAUCCCGAGGUGGGCGCUGGCUUGGGAAAUGUCCGUUCCUUGGGCGCCGUGCUGCUGCAGCUUUUAAGCAAAACCAGCGCCGAGUUGGCCCAGAAGAAGACGGCGGAGCAACAGGAGCUGCUGCACGCCACCUUGGGAGCCCUGCACAAUCUGUGCUUCUAUCAGGACAAACAGGCGGUUGUGCAUCCACUGGCUGAGGGAUCCCUUCAGAGUCUGAUCGACGACUUGUCCGCCUCGUUGGCCAAGGUUUUAAGCAACUGUCAGACCUCGGUGACCAAAGUGGAGUUGGCCCGGGUGCUGGGCAAUCUGACAAGGAACGAGCGGGCACGUCGAUGUUUUUGUGCAGCCGGAGGUUUGCCAUUGAUGGUGCAACAGCUUACGAAGCAAGCAGCUGGCCAGGAUUACGAACUGCGCACUUGUGCCAUUGGGGUCCUGGUCAAUCUCCUUGGCGAUGGCGAACAGCGAGGACCUUUUCUGCAACUCCGAGGAGCGGAACUGCUGUCUCUACUGCUGCGUGGAGCCCUGGAGCAGGAGGAUUGGUUCCUGGCCAAUAUCGUUUGCCAGGCCCUUUGGAAUCUCCUCAUCGACGGACAGUGUGCGGCUAAUCUCUGCCAGAGCGGCAAUAUUCUCGACGAAGUUAGCGAUUUACUGGCCGAUUAUCUCGAUGAGGAUCGAUUACUGCCCGGCGAUAACGAUGAGGACGAUCCGGAAAGGGAACAGGAUGAUGUGGAUGCGGAUACGGAAACGGAUCCGGAAGCCCACGAUGCUUUGUGGGAGGACUUUGCACUGGUGGCCACCGAUUUGCUGGAACGCAUCCAAAACAAUUUCGAUAGACAACAUCAAUCGCAGACAUCCCCGCAAGUCGAUAACGAAGAUGAUAAGGACGUUUUCAUCGAGGAAAUGUAGUAACAGUUCGUUUGAUAGUUUAUAGAAUUUCUAUGUGUGUUUAUCUAACUAUUAUUCGAUAAAUAUCUUUAACCAAAUAAUCAGAGCCAAUUAAAAAUGUUUCAAAAUA